CGUGCUUCCCUCUGCUCUGCAGCAGCCUUCCAACGCUAAAACAGACUUUCAAGAUGUCCGCUUCCACCAUAGACUCUGUCACGGCGACCCUCCACUAUUUCGAACCCCCUGCGGAUGGCUCGAAGCCAUUCAUCCACAUCAACGCGGAUCCCAAGACCGGCGUUCGCCCACAGAACUUUGAGACACGCACUCACCAAGUCGAGAUCGAGAAUCUCCGCGGAAAGGAGCACACCGUGUCGCUUGAUACCACCGGCUUCCAGUACUUCAAGCGCGCGGUACCCCAUACCACGUUCGAGAACAAUGAGGUGGUGGAAAAGGAGUACUACCCUCAGUCGAUAGAGCUCGUCAAGGAGCUCACUGGCGCUUCGAGGGCGGUGGUCUUUGAUCACACUAUCCGCCGUCGCCGUCCUGGUGAAAUCGAGGAUACUCCCGACAAGCGGCAGCCGGUGCCGCGGGUGCACAUCGAUCAGACAGAGGGGUCUGCCAUCGCCCGCGUCCAUCGCCACCUUCCUGCGGAGGACGUCCCCGACCUCCUAUCCAAGCGUUUCCAGAUAAUCAACCUGUGGCGCCCUAUCAAGCACGCUGCGCACGACUGGCCACUCACGCUUUGCGACUACCGCAGUGUCGAUCGCUCUGCUGACCUUGUCCCGACCACGCUGAAGUAUCCGGACCGUGACGGUGAGACGUUCAGCGUCAAGUUCAACCCUGGCCACAAGUGGAAGUACCUGCGCGGGAUGGAACCGGAAGAGUUGGUGCUGAUCAAGUGUUACGACUCUCAGAAGGAUGGGAAGACGGCCGUCUUUACGCCCCACACCGCAUUUGAGGACCCCACGACGCCAAAGGACGCGCCUUUGCGCGAGUCCAUCGAGCUCCGUCUCCUUGUAUUCUAUGACUAAGCGCAAUGUAUCCAGACCGGAAUGAUAUGCUCUGCUCUGCUCCUCUAGAUGCGAUGCUGGGCUCGAUUCAAAA